UUCGACACGUAGAUAAUCGCAAACGCCGCGUCACCUUCCCUUUUUCGUUAAGUAAUCGAAAGAAGAACCGCCCUCCGGUAGGUAGUUCUCUAUCUUUCUCUACGAGUUUGCGAUCGUCGUCGGAGAGAUGGCAUCAGCGACAGAACCGAAUUGGACAGCGAAGGAGGAAUCUCAGGCAGCCUCCCGACGAAUCGAGCGGCUGUCCUUGCACCUGACUCCGAUUCCCCUUCCCGGAGACGGUUCGUACCGGAUUGAAAUUGCAACGUGCGCAGGGACAUCGAAGGCGAAAAUCGAGGUCGACAUGGGGAGUUUAUCAGUGUACAUGAGGGGGAAACAUAGGGAGAUUCAAGAGCGAGUGUUUGAUUACUUCAAUUCGAGGCCUGAAUUGCAGACACCGGUAGAGAUCUCCAUGAACGAUCAUCGGGAGCUUUGUAUGAAGCAAUUGAUCGGUCUGGUGAGGGAAGCCGGAAUUAGACCGUUUAGGUUUGUGAAUGAAGAUCCUGCUCAAUAUUUCGCCAUUAUGGAGGCUGUUGGAAGCGUCGAUGUCUCUCUCGCCAUUAAGAUGGGCGUCCAGUUCAGUCUUUGGGGUGGCUCUGUCCUCAAUUUAGGAACCAAAAAGCACAGAGACAAAUUCUUUGAUGGUAUUGACAAUGUGGAUUAUCCUGGUUGUUUUGCUAUGACUGAACUUCAUCAUGGCUCAAACGUUCAGGGUCUCCAAACAACAGCUACAUUUGAUCCCAUCACUGAUGAAUUCAUUAUCAAUACACCAAAUGAUGGAGCCAUCAAAUGGUGGAUUGGCAAUGCUGCAGUUCAUGGCAAGUUUGCCACUGUUUUUGCUAAGCUGGUGUUGCCAACUCAUGAUUAUAAGAAGACUGCUGAUAUGGGUGUCCAUGCAUUCAUUGUUCCGAUAAGAGAUCUUAAGACUCAUAAGACACUUCCGGGAAUUGAAAUACAUGAUUGUGGCCACAAGGUAGGCCUCAAUGGGGUGGAUAAUGGAGCAUUGAGAUUCCGUUCAGUGAGAAUUCCACGGGAUAAUCUCCUUGACCGAUUUGGAGAGGUAUCUCGAGAUGGGAAGUAUAAGAGUAGUCUACCAUCCAUCAACAAAAGAUUUGCAGCCACAUUAGGAGAACUAGUUGGUGGAAGAGUUGGCCUGGCAUAUUCGUCAGCUAGUGUCCUUAAAAUUGCUUCCACAAUUGCAAUUCGAUAUUCGCUGUUACGUCAGCAGUUUGGUCCUCCAAAGCAGCCUGAAGUCAGUAUUCUUGAUUAUCAAUCUCAACAACACAAGCUAAUGCCAAUGCUGGCAUCAACGUAUGCCUUCCAAUUUGCUACUUUGCAACUAGUGGAGAAGUACGCACAGAUGAAGAAGACUCAUGAUGAAGAACUAGUUGGAGACGUGCAUGCAUUAUCAGCGGGGCUCAAGGCUUACAUUACUUCAUACACGGCAAAGUCAUUAAGUACCUGUAGGGAAGCCUGUGGUGGCCAUGGAUACGCUGCAGUCAAUCGCUUUGGUACCCUUAGGAACGAUCAUGAUAUUUUCCAGACUUUUGAAGGGGACAAUACUGUUCUUCUACAACAGGUCGCAGCCUACCUCUUGAAGCAAUACAAGGAGAAAUUUCAAGGUGGGACACUUGCAGUUACAUGGAACUACUUGCGAGAAUCCAUGAAUACGUAUUUGUCUCAGCCAAAUCCCGUCACUGCACGGUGGGAAAGUGUGGACCAUUUGCGAGAUCCUAAGUUUCAGCUAGAUGCCUUCCAAUAUCGAACAUCUCGGUUACUUCAAAGUGUGGCUGUUCGUCUUCGCAAGCAUACUAAAACCCUUGGUGGCUUUGGUGCAUGGAAUAGAUGCCUGAAUCACCUCUUGACUCUCGCGGAAUCCCACAUCGAAUCCGUAAUCCUCGCUCAGUUUAUUGAAGCUAUACAAAGAUGUCCCAAUGCAAAUACACAGGCUACUCUGAAACUGGUAUGCGAUCUUUAUGCCUUGGAUCGAAUCUGGAAUGACAUUGGAACGUACCGAAAUGUUGACUAUGUAGCUCCCAACAAAGCAAAGGCAAUUCAUAAGCUCACUGAAUAUCUAUGCUUUCAAGUGAGAAACAUUGCUCAAGAACUGGUUGAUGCAUUUGAUCUUCCAGAUCAUGUAACUCGGGCGCCCAUUGCGAUGCAGUCGAAUGCAUACUCCCAAUACACACAGUAUGUCGGGUUCUGAUUGCCAACCAAUUCAAAUUGUAUACAAACUCAGAGGCAAUCGGUGGGUGGUUAGGCAAUCGUUGAGUUUUAUUAUCACUGAUACAAACUAUUGGUUGAGUCAAUUCUUGGAAGCUCAAAUGAUUCUGAAUAUCAACAUCACAAGAUCUCGAUAAAACUGUCAGAUGAUAAAAUAUUGGUUGUAUGGAUAUUUACAGAAAGAAAUGAAAUUAUCUAAAAGGAUUUGUUCGUUCACUGAAGUUUGGCUGAAAA